AUGAAUAGAAUAUUAGGGAAUAUAUACUUAUCUUCCAUCAAACCACUUGAAGAUGGUGAUCUUGGUAACAUAACUCAUAUUUUAUCCAUAAUACCUGGAGAUUUACCUGAUCUUUCCGAGUACGUGCAUUUACAAAUUCCUUUGAAUGAUAACGAUAACCUUAUAUUUCCAUAUUUGAAUAAGAUCUUUGAUUUCAUUAAUGUUGCUUUAUUUAAUGAAACCGACCCUAAUAUCAAAUCUAAGCAUCAGGGGCAUUUGUUGAUCCAUUGUCAUGAAGGAUUAAGUAGAUCCGUAACGAUCUUGAUUUGUUAUUUGAUUAAAUAUUAUCGCUUAUCAUUAGAUCAAGCCAUUUAUGCCAUUAAAAGGAGACAAGAAAUCCGGAUAAAUGAGGAUUUCAUGGAACAAUUGAAGGUUUACGAGGAUAUUACGGGAAACAUGAAGGAUUUGAAGUUCAGAUUAUAUUUAUCGGAGAAAUUAGGAACUGAAGGAUAUCAAAUGUUUAAUGAAAUCAAUGGAUUUGUGCAACAACAAGAGGAACUAGAAGAAGAUACUCAAAAAGAAGAAGAAGAAAAAGAAGAUGGGAUAUUAACUUGCAAGAAAUGUAGACAUCCAUUAGCAUUAUCAACACAAAUAUUACCUCAUCAGCCUCCUGAUGAAACUUCAAAUCAAGCAAAUUUCAUGAAAAAAUCAAGAAGAACUGUCUAUUCUUCAAUGAAAGCAUCCAGUGUCUGUUCUCAUUACUAUUUAAAAGAUCCAUUGAAAUGGAUGAACUUGAAUUUCGGUGAUGAAGGAGAAAUGGAAGGAAGAUUAAAUUGUCCUAAUUGUAAUUGUAAAGUUGGCGGUUACUCUUGGAAAGGUUCAAGAUGUAGUUGUGGUAAAUGGAUCAUACCAGCUUUUGAUUUAUCUACCUCCAAAGUCGAUUUCAAAACCAGUAAAUCAAUCAUCAACAUAUCACCAGAGUUACAAACAGAAAUCAUUACUAAAAAUUAA